GGAGUAACAGCAGUGUUCUAUGACCGUUAGAUAUUUCAGGAAGAGAUCGAUUGAAGCAAUUGCUUACUUGCGAUUUUAGUUGAUUGAGAAGACGGUGGCAAUAAAUAUAGGUGGAAAAGAAAAUACUCAUCAUGAAUGAAAAUUGGAACUAUAUUCACAAAUUGAGCAAGAAAAUAAAGAAAUCCACGACCGGUAAAGUCGCGAACGCAGCCAAAAAGAAACAAUCAAAAAAUGCCGAAGACUCGACUUAUCCCAACUUGGCUCAAAUAUGGACUCCAGAGAGUGUCAUACAAGAGUAUGAUGUGAUUGCAAAUAUUUCUACGGGAGGAAAUGCAACUAUAUACUCCGCUAACAGAAGAUGUGAUGGCACUUCGGUUGCUCUCAAAGUUGUCGAAAAGUGUAAAUUGAGACUUGUCGAGGAAAAUGGCAAAGAGAUCCCGGUUGAAGUUUCUCUACAUAGGCGUGUAAAACACAACAACAUAAUCCAGCUGCUUGAUUAUUUCGAAUGUGGGCCAUCCUUAAUAUUAGUGUUGGAAAGACCAGAAGCUCAUAUGGAUUUGUUUGACUACAUCAGUAAACAGGAAUUUCUAACGGAAAAAAUUGCAAAAAGAAUAUUUCGCCAGGUACUUGACGCCACGCUCCACUGCGAAGAGAAAGGCGUUUUCCAUCGCGACAUAAAAGACGAAAAUAUAAUAUUGGAUCUGAAGAACAAAGUGGCAAAACUGGCUGACUUUGGAUCGGGCACACAGUUGCAUAACUUCCAAUACACUGAAUACGAAGGAACGCGUUCUCACUGUCCACCAGAAUGGUUUACAAACCAACGAUACUUAGCACGUCCAGCGACGAUAUGGUCGCUUGGUAUUCUACUCUACGAUAUGGUGUCCGGAGAUGUACCGUUUGCAAACGAAAGUGAGAUCAAAGAUAUGGAACCAUGUUUCAACAUGGCGCUCUCGCAAGAUGUCAUUAGUCUGAUCACAACGAUGCUUAAUAAAGACCCCCGACGAAGAGCAACUUUGGAAGACAUCCUAAAUCACCAAUGGCUUAAAGAUAGCAAUACGAAACUGGAUUGAGAGAAGACAGUUCCAUAUGACAAUCACGUGACAACUACGGCCAUAACAGUGAAAAAAAAUCAUUGCAUAAUCGCGAAUUGAAUAAUAAAUUUCGGAAUUAUCUUUUUCACGCAACGAACUCGCAUACGAGGUUGAAAAAAUGUAAAUACAAUUUAUAACUUCUUAAAGCAAGAUACUCACUCACUCGCAUGCCUUCCAUUUGUUCAAUAGGGAACAAGCUUUUCCGAAUUUUCAAACGUUAAACAUAAAACACGAUUUGUGCAUAAUCUUCAAAAGAAAUUAGCUAAAAUCUACGAUAUUUAUAAAUACAUAUAGAUAUAUACAUUUAUUGAACUACUAACUCAACAUAGCUGUGCGGUGCAA